AUGUACGCUAGAUGCUUGAUUGAUACGUGUGCAGAGGUCUCUUUUGUCACGCAAAGUUUGUCCGCAAAGAUUAAGCCUGUUUCUGUGUCUGUGAUUGGUGUCGGUGCAGGUCCUUCUGCGGUGUCAAAGGGUGAAGUUUUUCUUCAAUUAAGGUCCAGGUUGAACACAGAAUUUUGUUUGGAGUUUUCGGCGUUGGUGUUGAGAGAGGUAACGGGAUUUUUGCCGCGAGAGGAGGUCAUAGUCUCCAAUUGGGAUCACAUCAGGGGCUUGCAGCUUGCUGAUCCAGAUUUUGCUUUCUCAAAGCAGAUAGACUGCGUGCUCAUCGCAGAGGUGUACGCUGCUAUAAUUCGGCCGGGGCUCAGAGUUGGUGCAACUGAUACUCCUGUUGCUCAGGAGACCGUUUUUGGGUGGAUUUUGACGGGUAGAGCGUCUUCUGCUCCUGAGUCUGAUAGAGCUCAGAGCGCUCAGGCCUGUCAUGUGGAAGUAGAGCCAUCGAUUUCAACGUUAUUAGAGAGGUUUUGGGAAAUGGAGGAUAUUGCCACCUCUAAAGUUUUGUCCGAGGAGGAUCAGUAUUGCGAAGAUUAUUUCGCAGAUACUGUUUAUCGGGAUUCCAAGGGCAGAUUUGUCGUUCGCUUGCCAUUCUCUGAGAGGUUGUCAAAGGUUUCUUUUGCACACACGAAGCAGAUUGCUGUGGCAUUUUUGCUCCGCUCAGAGAAGCGUCGAGCGCAGGAUUAUAGGGUAGAUAGUGCCUAUAGAAAAUUCAUGGAGGAGUAUUUGACUUUAGAUCAUAUGGAGCCUGUAAAUAGUUCGCAUCGAAAGGACAAUACGUUCUAUUUUACUCAUCACCCAGUUUACUCGGCUGAGGUGGUAACGUUCGAGGAAAUGUCGACAGUUGCUGCUCAGAUCUAG